UUAGAUCAGAAGGAGUACCGCAAACUGUCGAAAGCCGAGCGACGAAAGCGAAGGCGAGCGACACCAAAGUAUCGAAAUCUUCACGCUACGAGAGAGCGGAUAAGAGUGGAAUCGUUCAACAUGGCUUUCACACAACUUCGAUCUUUACUUCCAACGUUACCUGUAGAGAAGAAACUGUCCAAAAUUGAGAUCCUUCGUUUGUCUAUUUCUUACAUUACUUUUCUUGAUAAGCUCCUUUCCUUCGAAUAA